ACAGCGAUUUUCAAAGGGAAGAAUACCGAUUCAACUACUACCAGCCUCUCCUCUAGAGACUCUCCCCCGCCUAUAAGCACUGGCCACUCUCCCCCUCCUUCACACCGCCACACACACCCCCCCUCCUCUCACCAUCAUCAAGCAUUCGCAGCACUCCACCGCUUUCAAGCUCUCAUCUCCCUUCAGCAAGGUCGUCAUCAUCUCCCUUGCCUCCCAAGAUGAGUCAAUGGGGUCUUUUCAGCUAUAAGCGGCAGCCAAUCAAGGCCGACCAUCCGUAUUACCCCCUCGGCGUCUCCAUCCCCGACUACGUCCCGAAUGGCCUCCCGCUCUCCCGCUCUCUCCCCCUCUUCGGGACCCUCGUCGGUGCCGUGGUCGCUGCGGCCUUUUACUUCUCCGGCCGCCGCUCCGGAGCGUCUUCCCGGCGCCGUGUCCGGCCCGUCGACCGCUUUGCCGCGUCUUGGUUCGCCUUGUGCGGCUUCUUGCACAUUGCUUUUGAAGGAUACUAUCUCCUCCACCGCACAAACAUCUCCGGCAUGAACACCCUCUUUGCCCAGCUCUGGAAGGAAUACGCCCUCUCCGACUCCCGCUACCUCACCUCUGACGUCUUCACCGUCUGCGUCGAAACUAUCACCGUGUUCGCCUGGGGCCCCCUGAGCCUCCUCACCCUCUUCUGCAUCUUCACCAGCCACCCUUCCAGGCACCUCUUCCAAACCGUCGUCUGCGUCGCCCACCUCUACGGCGUGGCUCUCUACUACGGCACCAACUGGGCCGAGCAGCGCCUGCAUAACGUGUCCUACAGUCGUCCCGAGACCCUGUACUUCUGGGUGUACUACGUCGGCUUCAAUGCCCCGUGGGUCGUUGUGCCUUUCGUUCUUUUGGCGGAUAGCUACAAGCAGGUUGUCAAGGCAUUCCGAGCACUGCAUGAGAAGGAAACGAGGCCAGUCCGAGCAGUGCAGGAGAAGGAAUCUCGGCAGAGAAGCAAAUAG